AUGAGCAACAACUCGAACAUAGCCUUGAUUUGGUGGACGAAAGAAGAGAUGCAGCAGCAAUUCGACUCGCGGCAUACCAACAACAGGACUGACCUGUCAGCCCUGGUGAAGGAAGGAGUCCAAGGAGCCCCAGCCUCAGCAAGAAAGGCCCUGACUUCAUCUUCAGGUUCUGCCUCUCCAGCCUUUUUCCCUCUGCUUUUAGAAGGGACUUUGCCCCUGCCAGAGGAAGAGGGGUUGAGGCGAGAUUUCUUCAAUGGCGAGCCUGAGGUGGAUGUUUCGGUUGGAAGAGGGGAAGUACCUGAUGGAUUCGACGAAGGGCGAUCUGUAGAAACCCUAGGAGGGGGAGCCCUAAUGCGAAUGGGAGAGGAUGAAGGGCUUCACUUGUAUCUCGAAGCUUUCGAGGUUUUAGAUAAUGAAUUCACCGAAAAAUUGCCGGAGAAUCUAUGUGCCGGAGGGUCUCUUACCAGCGCGGUCGCUUUCUCCAACAAUCUCACUGGAGAAAUCCCAAAAUCGCUUGCAAAUUGCAAUACUCUGUGCACGGUCCAGCUCUACAGCAACAACUUUUCCGGCGAGGUUCCUUUGGGUCUUUGGACUUCAUUGAAUUUAUCCCAGACGAUGCUGAGUGACUACUUAUUUUCUGGUGAGCUUCCGAGCAAAUUAGCUUGGAACCUGUCGAGGUUGGAGAUCAGUAACGACAUUUUUUCUGGUCGAAUCCCAGUUGGGGUUUCUUCUUGGUUGAGAUUGGUUGUUUUUAAAGCCAGCGACAAUCAAUUUUCCGGCAGAAUUCCGGUGGAGUUGACCGGUCUUCCUCAGCUCACCACUCUGUUGCUUGACGGCAAUCAACUGACUGGUGAAUUUCCACCGGAGAUUUUGUCAUGGAAGUCCCUAACCAAUCUGGAUCUUGCUAGGAACAAAUUCCAUGGCCAAAUUCCAGCAUCGAUCGGAUCAUUGCCGGACAUUCUUGAACUAGACUUGUCCUCCAACCAGUUUUCCGGUCCAAUUCCACCUGAAUUAAGCCAUUUGAAGCUUACUUCUCUCAAUUUAUCCUCCAACCAACUCUCUGGGCAAAUCCCAAAUGAGUUUGAUAAUAUGGCCUAUGAAACAGUUUCCUGA